AUAUAAAUAUGCAUGGCUGCGUGAAUCGUCUAGUUACCAACCAUAUAAAUAACUAUUUUUACUGGACCUAACACUUACUCGAAACAGGACGGAUUGGCUCGAUUUGAGAUACCAAAUGACUUCGUCUUAUUCCAUGCUUUGAACAAUAAUACUUUAACCAAUGAUGAAACAGAAGGAUUAAGAAUCAACAAUAAUUUAAGUAACAAUGGAUUUUAUCGAUCUAUUGUAAUGUUUUCUGACUUGAAGUUUUAGAGCGCAUUUCUGUACCUGUUGUUGCCGAAUAAUUAGGAAAAAUAUGAAAAUAUAUUUAACUUUUUGUUUGAAUGUAAAUACUUUAGUCAUAUCAGUUGUCAAAUAUACACGUAUUUGAAAUAGUGUCUUUUUGUCUAAGUAUUCGUAAAAUUAUACCGCACACACAUAUAUAAUUGGAAUGGCUGCAUCUAGUAACUCUGGUGGUUCGCACAAAGCUAACUUUGCUCGCAUUGGGCAUGCUUCACAGCAUAUAAUGUCAAAUAUUUUGCAAGAACUUUUGGCAAGUUAUGAACCUCCGGGUAGUAUCGGUAGCAAAAUAAAUAAAUGUCGCAAUUUAAGAAACAUCUUGAAAGUUGGAGACUGGAGAAAGAUAAACGAUGCAGUACAUAAUGGAUAUACUGAUUUUGAUAUACCACUAAUUUAUGCUAUUUUGCGAAAUCUCUAUGAUCCUAAAAUUCGUCCAUCAAAAAAUUAGAAUCACCCCAAUGAUCCAGAGCCGCAUGAGAAACUACUAGGAGAUGACCUUGAAAGAUGUAGAAGAAGUCGUAAUUUAAUCUUGCAUAGAGGAAAUGCAUUUGUAUCUGAUAAAGACUUGGAUGCCAUUUUCAGUGAAUUUGAAUCUAUAGCGAGCAGGUUAGAAACAGAACUGAAUAAACAACCAAACGAAUUCGUCUCUGAAUUAAAAAAAUUAAGAACAUGUUGCAUGGAUGAAGACACAGAGAAGAUGUACUUAGACAAUCUUCGAAAUCUUAUGGAGAAAGAGAAAAAUGCUCUUGAAUCCAUCCAAUCUUUAGAAGAACAAGGAACCAAAACCGAAGAGCGCAUGUCCAAUGUUGAGCAAGACUUGCAAUCACUUAUAGAUACAGUGCAGUCUUUGAAUAUAUCUAAUGAUGAGAGCCUUGUGUUUCGGGAACCUUUGGAAGACAAAACUUGUUUCGAAGGUGAAACAAUCAGCCUAGAAUGUGUAAUAGAAGGCGGGAAGAAACCAAGCAAAUGGUACAAAGGAGAUUAUGCAGCACGCGUAUUAUCAGAUAAUAUUCGGGAUGAAUCUAAAGACCAAACUUAUAAACUGACCAUUCUACAUGCUACAAGAGAAGAUACAGGAGUUUACACUAUAUUGAUUGGGAAUGAAAGAAAAGAUGUUCAAUUGAACGUUAUCGAAAGACCACCCUCGUUAGUCGAACUUCGUCAUUAUCAAAGUGAACUAGCAGAAAUCGCACUGAGAGGAGAAAAUACAAUAAUGUGUGCGGGUACAAAUGCUGGGAAAACGUAUGUGGCUUUCCAUGUGAUAGAGGGUCAUUUGUUAAAAAAUCCAAGAGGAAAAGUUGUGUUCAUAAAUAAGACAAACGUUUUACUUGGACAGCAGUACAAAAGAGCAUGUGAUGCUUUUACAACUCUCCACUUUCAGGGUAAAAUAAAAAUAUGGAAAGCUGAUGAAGACGACAGUGAGAAUUUCGGAACAGAAAUGGUUAAUGCCAGGUUGAUAUUUUUGACUCCAAAAUCCCUAUGCAACCACCUCAUUGAAACAGCAGCGAAUAAAGUGUCAAUAGAUAUUUUUACUUUGAUCGUUCUUGACGAAUGUCAUCAUACACAUGAUAAAAGUGUGUACAACGAAUUGAUGUCAUAUUAUAGAAUAGCAAAAUAUGGGGAAAAGACGCAUCGACUUCCACAGAUACUUGGACUAACAGCAUCACCAGGUACAAACAAGGCCAAAGAUUUGUCAGCAGCAAAAGAUCAUUUGAGGAAAGUAAUGGCAAAUUUAGAUGUUACUAAAUUGUCUGUUGUUCAGCGCCAUAGAGAAGAACUACUUCAAUAUACGUCUAUUCCAGAAAAGGUUCCCAUUGCAUCAACGACCCGAAAACUCGAUCCUUUGAAGGAUAUACUACUCGGGGCAAUGGAGUAUGUUGAAAAUAAACUGAACUCUCGAAUUGUUUCAAACUUUUUGACUGAAAAUCUACUCAAUAAUAGGGACUUAUAUGAGGCAUUAGGUAAUCCACCAGUACAAAGAAUGGAUGUACGGUACGUACAGUGGAUCAGUGAAACCAAAGAGAAAGUGGAGCAUGUAUUACAUAAAGAUACAAAAGUACCACGAUUGCUUCACGCAUGUCUUAGACAUCUAGAGCUUUAUACAGAAUGUCUAGAAAUUAAUUCAUUGCUUGAAAUUGAUCAAGUUCGUGAAAUUGUCAUGCAACGAUAUGCAGACGAAUCUUUUGCAAGUCAGAAUGCUAAUACCAUUGAAGAAACAGAAAUCGUAUCCAAGCUACGAGACGUGUUUGCUGAACUUCGAGAAAUUGGAAGAAACAUCGAAGGCAAUCCUGAUGUUAAAAAUGUUAUUGAAAGGAUCGAAAACGAAUACCAACUACUUAAGGAAGAGUCAAGAUUUAUUAUAUUUGUAAAAGCCAGAGCAACUGCAAAAGCCUUAGCAGAAAGACUACCUAGCUAUCUACGUAGUACCCACCUUACUGGUUCACAUAAAUCUGUAGAGGAAGCAGGUCUUCCUGCGCACGAACAGAUAGAAGUAUUAGAGAAGUUUAAAAAUGGCGACCAUCUGUGCAUUGUUGCGACAUCAGUAGGAUGUGAGGGUCUUGAUGUGCCGCAAUGUAAUGUGAUGAUCCGAUACAGAUUCAGUGCAGAUGAAAUUAGCAGCUUACAAAUGCGAGGACGAGUACGCAAAAAAGAAGGACGGGAGGUUAUAGUUGGCACUUCACAGGAAUUUGAGACUGAAAAGAAAAACAUCCAGAGACAAUAUCUAAUGACACAAGCCAUAGACGAAGUUUCCAAACUUAAUAUCACCAGAGAUAUAGCCAUAGCAGAGAAAAAGAUAUAUGAAAUUGAAGAAAUCGAAAGAAGGACUGCAAAUAUGAAGCUGAACAAAAAAAGAAAAGGGCUAUUUACUAUCAAUUGUAAAUACUGUGGCGUUGUCAUAAUCGAUGGCGAUUCGAUGCGCCAAGUAAAUGAGAAAUUAUUCCUCGUGUGUGACAGAUCAAUGUUAGCCAGAGUUGAUAGGAGGCAAAUACCUAAAAAGAAACAAAGGGAAUUUGAUGGAUGUAAGAAGCUAGGUAAAGCGUUCGGGCUAGAGUGUGGACAUAACUGGGGUUCAAUAGUUAUCUACAAUGAGUGUGAAUUUGUGGCGUUGUCACAAGACUAUAUCAAAAUAUUUGACUGUCAAGCAGACUCAUUCAUAAACUGUGAAAAAUGGUAUGAUCUGAAAUUUAGAAUAGAAGAAAUUUCUGAUGAAGACUUCAUGAAUUACAAUAGAUAGUUUGAUCCAACCAGUAUUUUAUUGAAGAGGUGCAAAUCUAAAA